CCGGCUGCUUGCCUAGUUCGCUCGCUGGCUCGGCGCGGCUGGAGGAAGCAGCAGCAGCCGCAGCAGCAGCAGCAGCAGCCGCCCGAGAGCUCUGGCGUCCCAGGCGGCCCCGGAGCAGCCCGUUUUCCCCACCCUGCAGCUUCUCCGCGUGGAUGCCCAACCAGGCGCGUCUCUUCUCCCGCCUUUGCCCUCCUUCCCGCGGAGGGCCAGACAGACGCCGAGCCUCCCCGGCUGGAACUCAUCCUUGAGUUGCAGUGACUCUUGGUGCCCGAUUCUUGGGAUUUGGCAGAAUUUGCUGAAGCCUGCAUGCUGCUUCAUGCAGACACACAUUCUGGGUCAUGAAACUUAAUCCACAGCAAGCUCCAUUGUAUGGUGACUGCAUAAUUACCAUAUUGCUUACUGAAGAUGAUCACGUCGAAAGUGACGAUGUAAUUUUUUACCUCGUUUUUACGGGAUCCGCCCUUCAACACUGCACCAGCACUAGGAAGCUUGAUUCAGGGAGGUUGGAAACCAUUGCUCCAGGUCAUGACUGUUGCGAGACGGUGAAAGUCUCUCUCUGUGCUACCAAGCAAGGCCACCCUCUUCUGGUGGUGGCGGAGGAGAGCUUGCAAUUUGUCCAAGAUGAGGUUUACGAUGCGGCACAGUUCCUGGCAUCGUGUGCUGGAAAUCAGCAAGCGUUAAACUUUACACGUUUUCUGGACCGUUCCAGGCCACCUGCCGGGGACUUGGAUUUUCUGGAUGAGAAAGUAACUUUGGCGUUUUGUCACCUGAAGCUGCCGACUGAGUGGAACGUGUUGGGAACAGACCACAGUCUCAAUGAAAAUGUUCCCCGGGAGACGUUGCUGCAUUUUGCAGCCAGACUCGGUUUGCUGCGGCUGACAUGGUUUCUGUUGAAGCAACCAGGUGGCAGAAGCGCCGUGACCAUUCCCAACAGUGAAGGAGCCACACCGGUGAGCUUAGCCUUGGAGAGGGGCUACCAGAAACUGCACCACAUCUUGACCAAAGAAGAAGUCAAUGAACCAGAUUCCUGGAGCACCUUGUCGCAUAUAGUACAUUCUGGGGACUCCUGCAUCAAGUACCAUCAGGGCUUAAACCUUUACACUCUGACAACUGAAAUGAAGGAAGGAGACAAAUUGAACAUGGAGAAAGACAUCGCUCAGCUCCAGCUGCACAUCCAGAAUCUCCAGCGUAUGAAUGUGAAGGAAGACCGUUGUCCAGUGCAGACCUGCGAGGACUGUGAUGUGGGGCCUGUGCCUGAAGGUUCUGAAGCUGCUGCAGAACAUGGGUUGGAUGCAUUGCUGGUUGACGCAACUCAGAAAACUUCUUCUGAUCUUCUAGAGAUCUCUCCCCCUGUUUGCCUUGGAGGGCAAGGCACCUCCCAGCAACCAGAAGAGCUUUUAGGCGCAUCACAAGAGAUGUUGGAGGAAAUGCAGAACCAAAGGACUUCCUGCCAAGGCGAAACAUUGCCACACAAAGAGGAAGGGGAGUGUUUAUCCUCUGUUGGAGACUCUGUUGGGGCAGUGUUCGAAGAGCAGGAUAGCAAGAGGACCUUUAGUGAUGCUGCUGGCCUCCCAUCCUUUGGAAGUACCGACAAGGAAGCUGGAAUGAGCUCUUCCAGUGCUACUUUGGAACAAGGGACCUUAUGUGAAGAAAAUAAUCUCUCCCAGGAAGUGCAGCUGGCUGAAAUUGAAAAUACACCCCCAGCUUCCUGCGAGGCCAGCAACAUAAAUAUGGGGCAAGGUGAAUGCAAGAGCUGCACAGGGGCCAUAGACGUUAACGUGGCGUCCCAACCGUAUAUGGAAAAUGUGAAAAUGGGUGUGGAGCCUUCCAGGAUGACAGCUAUGGAAGCAUUGCCAUCAUCUGUUGCAUCACAAACCAAUCCUGCUGCCUUCUUCCUCAGGGAUGGUGACCCUACUCUUGCCUGUCAAGAUGAGAAUGAGCCAACCGUGGUGCCAGAAGGUCUUGUAGAUGUGGUUGCUAUUGCAGAUGUUAGUUCUGUUGACAAUGGAAGGAACAAAGAGACCGGAGCUGAAAAUCACAUCAACAGUGGACCAAGAAACACUGUCGAAAAACAGUUAGAGGAGAAGGAGAAGGAGAACAUUGCUCCAAACUCUGGUAUAGAACUGUUGUCCAAAAACCUUGAAGACACCUCUGGAUUUUCUCUGGAGCAUCGUUCUGCUAGGGAAGUGAUUGAUCAAGGGCAACGGAGAGAUGCAGACAUGGCUACUGAAAACAGUGCUUUGGAUUUGAGCAGCAAAGGGUUGAGUGCUCCCCUAGAUGGCAACGUCGGAAACCUCACGAAGAGCUCAACAUGUGUGCAGUCCCUGGCUGCCUGUGGUGGAACUGAUAUCCCAGACACUACAGCGAUAGAUCAGAGUGAGCAAAAAGUAACUGACCCGACAUUAUUAGAGACUAAAGGAAAUGCUGAUCCUACCAAGGUUGCAAACGAGGAUGAAAAACAGGAUUUUGGCAAAGACCAAGAGUUCAAUUCUUCUGUACUGCACGCAGAUCCAGUUGAUGGCCCUGAAUCACAUACAGGUAUUCUCAACUCUCUUAUGCCGCCCUCUGAUCUUGAGGAGCCCCUUUGCGGACCAGCAGAGAUGAUAGGAAGCAAAGAGGAACUGGAUCAAUCUAGUGAAAGCCUCCAAAAAUGCAUAGCUCUGACAUCAGCCUUGCUGGUUGAGAAAGCUAUUCAGGAGGCUCAGUUGAUUGUUUCACAGAAGGACAAUGCUAGAGCAGCCUCUGUUGGCCAGGAAGCUCCUUCACAAUUGGAGAGCCUUGCCCUAUCUUUGUGUGGUGAGGGCACCCAAUUUAUUCAGGAGCAUUUAAUGGGCACACCCUCUGCUGCUCUUAAUCAAGACUCCAAACAAAACGAGGAAGUAGGAACAACAAUAACAGCAGAGGCAGCAGAAGCAGCAGUGCGGCUGACUGGAGUGGCUGAACAGGGAAGCCCAGUGCAAGGUGAGCUGGCAGCCACGUCUCUCACUCUGGCAGUUGGCUGGGAAGAAGAAGACAAAGAGCACAGCUCUUCACAGCUGCCAGAAAGCGAGAAGGAACUGCUUGGCAAGACGCAGGCUCUGUUGGAGAGCUUCCCUCCGGGAGUCCUUGUGCAAUUGACUCCUUGUGAUCUGGGUAAAGAGCAGCCGGUGGAUGGAAGCAAUGCUGAGCCUGGCUUAAAGGAAAAAGCCUCCAGUCUGGAACCUGAGGAGCAAGUAAAGGCAGAGGCGGUCAGAGAUGUUCCUUCUGAGCCUGGCUUGGCAAAAGGUGCUUCUCUUUGUGACAGGGGGACUCCUUCCCCUGAGAUCAUGCUAAACCCGGGACUUGAGCUUGGUCCAACUGGGCAGGCAGCCUCUCCAGCUGGCAAAACCUUGGAUGUGAUGGAAGCUCCUCCGACGGCUCUUGAACUGGCCAUGGAAAGUGGUCUUUCACAGCACGGAGAGGAAGAGGGGGAAGUGGAAAAUAUCCCUUCCCGAAUAUUGCUUCAGCCAAUUGCUGAAGAGCCCCUUUGUGACUGUGAUUCCGGUCCUGAAAUGCCUUUGUUGGCUUGUGAAAUGGAUGUUACGAAGCUGGGAGAGUCGGAGGAAGGGAAGGGGAGAAGGACUAGCCAAGACGAACCAGGAUCCCUUCCCUUGCCUCUCGACGCUCUUCCUGUGACCAAGCAGUUGGACAAAGUUGGAACGAAAGGAACUGCUCAGGAACCUGAUCAUUCGUCGGAUAAUGCUGACCCAAUGCCCAGUCAAGUGAUAUUGCCGGCAGAAUCACAUGUCCCGGUAGAAUCUCUUGGUGGAAAUCCCGUGGAAGUCCCCUCCUUGGUGGAAGCCAGCUCCGAGCCUGGAUGUCUGCUUAAUGGAGUGAAAGAGGAGUUCAGUGUACCUCCUGGAAGCAAAAUGAACUCUGCAACCCUGGAACUAACCAGCUCUUCGCCUGUUGCAGACUCUCUGGAAAUAAAAAUGGAAGAAGAAAUGGAUUUUCUGACAGAUCUAGCUGAGAACAUUACUUCUGAAGGAACGAUCAACCGUGACAACUGGUGCCCUGUUGAACCUUCUUCAGAUUCCUUACUGUUGGAGCAGAAGCAUCCUUGCAACUCUGCAGAAAGUGAUCAUUUUCUAGAAGACAGAUUAAGUGGUGAUGGCUCUUCCUCGCAAGGCAUCCUUAAGAGAGGAUCCGGGAGUGACUCUGAACUCUUUCCUCUCUCCAGUGAUGGUCUGGACGAGGUGGACUUUAGAAAGCAGCCUGAAGAGGAGCAAUCAGCUGGUAGAAGUUCAACCUCCUCAGCAGAUGAUACCAUAUCGCUGGAAAGAAACUCUUCCAUUUCUGUUCCUCGGACUUCUGACCUCCUUGGAUCCAAGGAGAGGUGCAGCCCAGAUGGCAGCUGCUUCAACAUGGGGACGAACGGAGAAGGUCAGGAUGGGAUGGCAGUGAUCUCUGGAGAACUGGACGAAUUGCUGGAUAGCGUCAUGGAGGUGUCCCCACCUUCUUCUGGCCUGCCUAACAAUUUGAGGCCUUCGUCUCCUUUCCGUCGGCAUAGCUGGGGUCCAGGGAAGAAUAGUAACAAUGGUGAAGCUGAGGUCAACCACAGGAGUUCAGUGCGACUGCUGGGGGAAGUCAUAAGGAAAACUCCCUCCCACAGAAGAAGUUUGAGCUGGUGUCCCUCAGGUGUCCAGUGCAAUGCCAUGGAUGCUGACUUUAAUGGUCAAAGUUACAGCUUAGAAGGUCUUUCUGCAGAGGCUGAUGAUACUACUAAGCCAUCCUCAAGUCUUGAUGUAGUAUCUAUGAACACCAAAGAUCUUCGGCAGAGUCCCCUAGCAAAUGAUGAACGAGGAUCGCUGGUCUCACUCACCGAAGAGGAACAGGAAGAGCUGGGAGAAAUGAGAAGUCAGAUUCUCCAAAGACCGCAGCCCUACUCCUUCAGCUUCUCCACAAGUCCCGUUUCUCCUCCAUUAACGAAAUCCAUGUCACUGAUGACCAUCGCCCAAGUGGGAUCAGACAAUAGCACUCGAUCCUUCAGCAGCUCCUUGAGUCAAAGCAUCAGUGAGGAGAGUGGCAGUUUCCCACCCUCCAGCCCCUCCAGAAAAGAUUUGGAAGGCAAAAGUGGAACGAAAGUCAGCCGUACAUUCAGCUACCUCAGGAAUAAAAUGUCCAGCAGUAAAAAGAGCAAAGAGAAAGAGAAAGAGAAACUGAAGGAACGUGAUAAAGACUCCAAGGAAAAAGACAAAGACAACAAGAUACUAAAUGGACAUCUCUUCAGUGUCAUCUCAACUGUGGGUCCCGUCAGUUGCUACCACUGUCUCAAGCCCUUCAACAAAGAUUCAUUCGUCUGUGCAAAUUGUAGUGCCAUUGUCCAUAAAAGCUGCAAAGAGAAUGUGGCUAGUUGUGCCAAGGUCAAAAUGAAACUCCAGAAAAACCCAAGCGGUCUUCAGCCUCACGACACUUCUUCAUUGCCCACAGUAAUUAUGAGAAAUAAGAGUUCUCAGCCAAAAGAGCGACCCAGAUCGGCAAUUCUUGCCCCUGAUGAGAACAUAACGACGGCAGUGUUCAAUAGUAGGCGAUCCCAGCAGAACCUCUCCCUUUCAAAGAGUGUUUCCAUUCAGAACAUUGCUGGAGUCGGAAACGAUGAAAGUAUCCUUCAUACGCGGAAAUUUCUCUCCCAAUCAACAGACUCCUUGAACAAAAUCUGCCGGGUAAAUGAAUCCAUGGAAUCGUUAACAGAUGAAGGGGCAGACAUGAAUGAAGGACAGCUCAUGGGAGAUUUUGAAACAGACUUGAAACAUCUGGAAGCUCAGUCUUGGAGUCAAGUGGUGGACAGCAAGUUUCUCAAACAACAGAAGAAAGACAUUGUGAAGCGACAGGACGUCAUUUAUGAACUGAUGCAGACGGAGAUGCACCAUGUCCGGACCUUGAAGAUCAUGAGCGAUGUCUACAGCAGAGGCAUGGUGCAGGAGCUACAAUUUGAGCAGCAGAUGGUGGAAAAAAUCUUUCCUUGCUUGGACAACUUGCUGAACAUCCACAGCCAGUUCUUUCAGCGAAUCCUGGAGAGGAAAAAGGAAUCCCUGGCUGACCGAAGUGAGAAGAACUUUGUCAUCAAGAGGAUAGGGGACCUCUUAGUGAAUCAGUUUUCUGGGGAGAACGCUGAGCGAAUGAAGAAAACGUACGGGAAGUUCUGUGGGCACCACAAUGAGGCCGUGAAUUACUUCAAAGACCUUCAUUCUAAGGAUAAAAGAUUUCAGGCCUUCAUCAAAAAAAAGAUGAGCAGCUCCGUGGUGAGGCGCUUGGGUAUUCCUGAAUGCAUCUUGCUAGUAACGCAAAGGAUCACCAAAUACCCAGUGUUGCUACAGAGAAUAUUGCAAUAUACCAAAGAAAAUGACACUGAACAUCAAGACUUGGUGCUUUCGUUGAACCUGGUGAAGGAAGUCCUAACUGCGGUUGACAGCAAAGUGAGCAACUAUGAGAAGAAGAUGCGCCUCAGCGAGAUCUAUACCCGGACAGACAGCAAGUCAAUCAUGAGAAUGAAGAGUGGGCAGAUGUUUGCCAGAGAAGACCUGAGGCGCAGGAAGUUUGUCCGGGAUGGACCGGUUUCUCUCAAAAAUGUAGCUGGGAGGUUGAAAGAAGUCCUAGCUGUUCUUCUCUCAGAUGUUCUGAUAUUCCUCCAGGAAAAGGAUCAAAAAUACGUAUUUGCAUCCCUGGAUCAAAAAUCCACCGUGAUCUCAUUGAAGAAGCUGAUUGUCCGUGAAGUUGCCCACGAGGAGAAGGGCUUGUUCCUGAUCAGCAUGGGUGGGAAAGACCCUGAGAUGGUGGAAGUUCAUGCCGGCUCUAAGGAGGAGCGUAACAGCUGGAUUCAAAUCAUCCAGGACACUAUCAACACAAUGGACAAAGAGGAAGAUGAAGGUAUCCCUAGCGAAUCGGAAGAGGAGAAGAGAGUGCUGGACACCAAGGCCAGGGAGCUGAAAGAACAACUCCAGCAAAAAGAUCAGCAGAUUAUCACUCUCUUGGAGGAAAAAGAGAAGAUUUUCAGAGAUAUGACCGAUUGCAGCGGGCAUGAAGAAGGACUGGGGGCCAGGAUGCUGUUCCGGGCCAACACAGAGGAAGCACCGAAAGGAGAAAGCAUAAUGAAGAAUCUGAUCAGUGAAGUUGAGCAGUUGCAAGGUUUGGUGAGCAGAAGCCUUGGAAGUGCUUUUGGGCAGCAGGUGACCAACCUUGCCUCUGAUCAGGAGAGCGUGGGGCCCAUCUCUCUCCCCAGGAGGGCAGAGACCUUUGGAGGGUUUGACAGCCACCAAAUGAAUGUCUAUAAAGGUGGCGAGAAGGAUGAAGGAGAAGAAGUGCAAGAUCUCCGGAGGACAGAGUCCGACAGUGUGUUGAAAAAGGGAGGAACAGCUAACUUGAUGUUUGUGCUAAAGAGAAACAAUGAGCAAGUUCUCCAGAGCAUAACUCAGCUUCACAGCUUGCUGGGCUUACUACAGGCUGUGGUUGUGCAGCAAGACACCUACAUUGAAGACCAGAAGCUGCUGCUCACCGAGAGGACCUUGAGCCGCAUCUCCUUCCGACCCAACUCCUUGAUUGAGCAGGAAAAGCAACGCAGCCUGGAGAAACAGCGUCAGGAGCUCGCCAAUCUGCAGAAGCAGCAAACCUUGCACCAGGAAGAAAGAAGGAAGAAAGAGAAGGAGUGGGAGGCCAGAGAGAAAGAGCUGACUGAGCGGGAAUCUCAGCUGGGCCAGAAGGAAGAGCAGAUCCAGAAAGAGCAACACAGCCUGGAGAAGGAGCGGGAAGAGCUGCAGCAGAAGAAAGCCGCCUACCAGCUCGAUCUGGAACAUCUCCGGACGGCCCAGAAGCAACUGGAGAAAGAAAAGGAGCAACUGAAGAGAGAAAUGGAGCAAAUAUCUCAGCCUCAGAUGGAACCCAAUGUCAAACCGAAUCCCAAUCAACAUGCCAAAAUGAGCAGAACCUCUUCUUCCCUUCUUCCCACGGAGGACUUGUCUUCUAGACAGUUGUGUUCCUCUCUGCCCAAAGGGCACCUGGAUACAGAACUUUCUGUCUCAUCCAAAAGGAACAGUCUCUCAAGGACGAAUAAAGAGAAGAGCUCUUUUCAUUUGAUUGGCACUACAACAUCAGGCCAAACCAACAAGCCAACUGAAGGACCUGGGCAGAUACCCAACCGCCUCUUUGGCUUAGCCAAACCGAAAGAGAAGAAGGAGAAGAAGAAGAAGAGCAAAAGAGAUCGUUCCCAGACUUCUGAUGCUCACUCUCCAGAAGGAGCACCAGAAAGUGAGGAGAUCUUUUGCUGAUCCCAUAUCUUGUCUCCAGCCAGGCCACUUCAAGAUCUGCCCUACAGAGAGAGGCCAAAGAAUCAAACAACUAUUCUUUAUUCUAGACAUUGAACUAUGUUGGGCUUUAUCACCUUUCACUCCUACAAUCCACUGUCCAUUCCCACUUCUGGAUCUUCUUGAAUAUGUCACAUCUGAAAACGUGUCCACAAGGGCAAUAUGAGGAGGAGGAGGAGGAGCAGCCACAUGGAAGAACUGUGGAUAUAGCCAAACUGGGCAGGCUCAGUUUGGGCUCAAUGUGCUCUGAAGAGCUCUGAUUCUCUGUGCAAUGCUAGCUUGCCUAGGCGGAUAUUCCUUUCUUUCCUUUUCGUCUUGAACAACAGGGAACUUGUGAACAAGGACAUCAAAGCUCACCUUCUCUUAGGAAACCACCACCCCAAAUCAAGAACCUUCUAUAGAAACAAAAAACGAUGUGACUCCUUACCCAGUGUUUCUACACUGGUCUAUAUAGAUGUAAUAUCCACUUCUAUACAUACUUAACUAAAUAUAUAGAUAUAUUCACACUCACAAAUAAAUGUAGCUCAAUAUCCUUUGGAUAUGCUGUAUGUCUGUACAGAAAAGUUAAGGAACUUUAGAUGUAUCCUAAUGGGGUUGGCAGAUACCUGAGUUCAGGGAUUGGGGUCAGAGCUACACAGCCUCUCUUGGUUUGAGCUAGGUCCGUGAGUUUUGCCUUUGGCUGCAAAAUUGGCCUUCUGCAUCAAGAUCAUAGGGAUUGUUUUGAAGUGGAAGGGCCCCUUAAGGCGAGAUUCCUGGGGAAUGGUUGAAGCCUAUUGCCAAGAGGCAGGAAAUUGGAGAAAUGAAACAGGCCUUGUUGGAAAUUAGAAAACCUGUUCUGGAAGUCAUCUCAGAAGAGUUACAAAGGGAAUACUUAAAUCAGCCUGAAUUUCCAUGGAAUUGUGAGGUACAUCCUAACUACCUCUAUGGGAUUUGUCUGUCUGGGAAGCAACACCCAUUGAGUUGGUUAUGCAGUGGAAGAAUCUGAAGAAGAUAUAAACUCAAACCAAAUUCUCUGCUCCUGCUUCCCCAACUUCUCCUCCCAAACUCCUGUAUACAUUUUCUCCCGAUUUCGUUGUAUCGUCUUGCUAGAAGCUAUGUCGAGGGAGUGGGUGACUGCCAUCAGGGUGAACGUUGUGUGAGAAGUACAAUUAUAUUGGAUUGCUAGAAUUUCUUCCACGUGGAUUAUAAAGAACCCCCCCUACCCCUGAAUGUAACUUUGCAGAUUGAAUAGAUUGGUUGCUCUAAGAAUUGUAGAGUUCCCAUCUCAAUGCUAUCAUCUUUUUGAGUGAGGACAAACCAUCAUUUCUGAGGUGGAGCU